AUGAGGCGCAGAAAGACUGCGGUGGCGGCCGGCUGCUGCCUCGCCUUCCUCCUGGGCACCCUGCUCAACCUCCUCUUCAUCCCCGGCUCCGAGCACCCGCCGCCGCCGCCGCCCCGCGAGGAGCUGCCCCCGUCCCCGCCCGGCGCCCCCCUGUACCCGCCGGAGGAGGAGAUCGGCCGCGGCCAGGCCGCCCUGGCGCGGCAGAUCCGCGAGCGCUACGAGGAGGUGCUGCGCUACCGGCAGCACCGGGCGGCGGCGGCGGGGCGGCGGCCGCUGCGGCCGCGGGAGCGGCGCCUGAUGGACCUGGCGCUGCCGCGCACCUCGGCGGAGCAGCCCCGGCCGCCGGGGCCGCGGGGCCGAGCGGCGGCGGGGCCGUGGGCCGGCGCCUCGGCCGAGCUCUCGCUGGAGCCGCCGCUGCUGGGCUGCCGCGACAUCCGCGAUGUCAGCGGCGUGCAGUACCUGGGCUCGGGGUACACCAAAGCGGUCUACAAGGCGGUCCUCAACCGCACGCUGGCCGUGGCACUGAAGGCGGUGGACUUCGGCGGGCACGACAUCGCCCACUGCGUGCGGCAGUUCUCCGCCCUGGGGGACUGCUACCGCCUGGCCGCCUACAAGAUCGUCAAAGAGAUGAUCCUGCUGCAGCGGCUGCGCCACGCCAACGUCCUGCAGCUCUACGGCUAUUGCUACCAAGACAGCAAUGACAUCCCAGACACACUGACGACCAUCACUGAGCUGGGCUCGCCUUUAGAGAUGAUUCAGCUUUUACAGACUUCCUGGGAAGACAGAUUUCGGAUAUGUCUCAGCUUAGUUCGGCUCCUGCAUUACUUGGCUCACUCUCCUCUUGGCUCGGUGACAUUACUGGAUUUUCGCCCUCGGCAGUUUGUGAUCGUGAACGGGGAGCUGAAGGUGACAGAUCUGGAUGAUGCCAGUGUUGAGGAGAGCUCUUGCACCAGUAACAGCGACUGCUUCAUGGAAUUCCCUGCGAGAAACUUCACCCUGCCCUGCUCGGUUGAGGGACGGUGCCAGAACAUGAACGAAAAGAGGAAUCUCUACAAUGCCUACAGGUUUUUUUUUACCUAUCUUCUUCCACACAGUGCUCCAUCCUCACUGAGACCGUUACUGGACAAGAUAGUCAAUGCAACAGGAGAACUUCACUGGGGAAUAGAUGAGACAGCUGCUCAGCUGGAGAGAGUUUUGAAUCUGUAUAAGAGUGGGGAGUACCUGCAGAACACAACUCGGGUGCCGAAAGCUGAGUACAGACGGGUGCCUGAAGCCUUCAUUCCUGAUGAGAACUACAGAUGCUGGCCAUCCUACCAUCACAAGGGCUGCCUCCUCUCUGUGUUCGAUGUCAAUGAAGCCAUUGAGAUCUGUGACAGCUACUCCCAGUGCAAAGCUUUUGUCCUGACUAACCAGACGACUUGGACAGGUCGGCAGCUUGUCUUCUUCAAGAUGGCCUCAAAUCAUAUUGUGCCUGAUCCUGACAAGAUAACAUAUGUGAAGGUGACAGACUGA